AUGUCGAUCCUCACUCUCAAGGAAGAUCGGCCUACUCCAAAGGCAGUCUACAACUGGCGUGUGUACGCUUGCGCUGCCGUCGCGUCCUUCGCAUCAUGCUUGAUCGGAUAUGAGUCGGCCUUCUUUGGCACAACUCUCGCGCUUCCAUCCUUCACCGAAGAAUUCAAAUUCUCUACCUACCAGGCCAACGAUCUGGCCGUCCUCAAGCAGAACAUCGUCUCCGUCUACCAGGCCGGCGCUUUCUUUGGCAGCUUAGCAGCAUUCGCCACCAGUUACUUCCUGGGCCGUCGCUAUUCUCUCAUCUUCUUCAAUGUUAUCUUCGCUAUCGGCUGCAUCAUGCAGAUGGCCUGCACCGGGGAUAAGGGCUUGGGUUUGAUUAUUGGGGGCAGGGUACUGGGCGGCUUUGGCGUCGGCGGCUGCUCUAACAUGACCCCCAUCUACAUUUCGGAGCUUGCUCCGCCCGCUGUUCGCGGCCGUCUCGUCGGCCUCUACGAACUGGGAUGGCAAAUUGGUGGUCUCGUCGGCUUCUGGAUCAACUAUGGUGUCAAUACCACACUAGAGCCCAGCCACUCGCAAUGGCUCAUCCCUUUCGGUGUACAGCUUAUCCCGUCGGGUUUGCUCUUCUUCGGCUGCUUCUUCAUUCCAGAAUCCCCCCGCUGGCUCUUGUCAAAGGGUAGAAGGGAACAGGCCAUCAAGAUCCUGUGCUGGAUGAGGCAGCUCGAGGCAGAGCAUCCCUACAUGCUAGAGGAGCUCAGCUACAUUGACGAAGAUAUUGAACGAUACCACCGAGAGGUCGGCACUGGUUUCUGGAAGCCCUUCAAGGCCCUUAAGGACCGCAAGGUGCAAUGGCGUUUUGUGCUUGGUGGUCUCCUCUUCGUGUUCCAGAAUGGUUCCGGCAUCAAUGCAAUCAACUACUAUAGCCCAACAGUGUUCCGAAGCAUAGGAAUCCAGGGCACAAACACAGCCUUCCUCACGACAGGUAUCUUUGGAGUUGUCAAGACCGCGCUCACCUUCGUCUGGCUCCUUAUUCUGAUUGAUCACGCCGGACGACGCCUCAUGCUCAUUGUAGGCUCUGUUGGUGGGUCGCUUUGCAUGUGGUUCAUUGGCGCCUACAUCAAAAUCUCGAAUCCCGAAGGCAGUCAGCAAAACAACAAGCUUUCUUCCGCCGGCAUUGCCGCCAUAUUCUUCUUCUAUCUCUGGACAGCCUUUUAUACGCCGUCUUGGAAUGGAACUCCGUGGGUCGUGAACUCGGAAAUGUUCAACCAGAACACCCGCUCACUCGGCCAAGCCAACGCAGCUGCCAAUAACUGGUUCUGGAACUUUAUCAUUGCGCGCUUCACAGAACAAAUGUUCAACUCUUGGGGAUACGGGGUGUAUUUCUUCUUUGCUUCCCUCAUGAUUUUGUCAUCCAUUUUCGUGUACUUCUUUGUGCCCGAGACCAAGUCCAUUCCACUGGAGCGAAUGGAUCGGCUCUUCGAGUUGAAACCCACAUGGCGUGCCCAUGGUAUUCUCAUGGACGAACUGAGGCAGGUGGAGGGUAUUGGUGAUGAGAACGCCGACCACAAGAGCGAGGAGAAGCCGGUCGUUUUAGAGUUGGAUAAGAAGAACAUUCCUGCUGAUGUCUGA